CUUCCCACAAAGAACCCGAGUAGCACUAAAAUUUUACUCGCGACGUUUCUCUCCUGUGUUGUACGAACGCAGAUCGGCAAUGCCUGCGGCGAUGAUGACGGUCGCGGCGGGGAUGGCGACGGGGCCGGGCAGCCGCGUGACGCGGUUCGCCAAGUCGACGGCGGCGUCGGUGACGCCGGUGCGGCCGGGCAAGACGCACGCGCUCUCGCCCCUUGACAACGCCAUGGAGCGGCACACGGUGCACGUGGUGCUCUACCUCCGCGCGGCGCCGGGUGGCCUCGACCGGGAGCAGCUCAAGGAGUCGCUCUCCGAGGUGCUGUCGCUCUACCCGGCCAUGACCGGCCGGCUCACGCGCGGCUGCGGCGCAGAUGGGGGUAGCAGCGGCGCCGCGGCGGUGGACGGGCCUGCGCAGCGGGGGUGGGUGGUGAAGUGCAACGACGCCGGCGUGCGCAUGGUGGACGCCAGGGUGGCGGCCACACUCGACGAGUGGCUCGCCACGGCGACCGGCGACGAGGAGAUGGACCUCCUCUACUACGAGCCCAUGGGGCCCCAGCCUUACAUCUGGUCUCCGUUCUACGUCCAGCUGACGGAAUUCGCGGACAAGUCGUACGCGCUGGGGCUGAGCUGCACCCACAUCCACAACGACCCCACCGCCGCCGCUCUCUUCUUCCACGCCUGGGCCGCCGCGCACCGCCGGACCACCAGCCCCUACCCGCCCUUCCUCCACUCGCCGGCGUUCGCCGUCUCCCCGGCCUCGCCGCCCCCGCCACCCCCCCUGCUCGCCGUCAAGUCCAGUACCGCCGCCCCGGCCACCGAUGCCGCGGCCAUGUCCUCCGCCACCUUCCACUUCCCUGCCUCCGCGGUGCGCGCACUGCUGUCCUCCCUCGAGCACGGGACCACCCCGUUCGCCGCGCUCGCCGCGCUGUUCUGGCUCCGCGUCGCCAACGCCGCGGACGGCGAGCGGGAGCUGACGCUCGCGCUCGACUUCCGCAAGAGGAUGCACGCGCCGCUGCCGAUGGCGUACUUCGGCAGCGCCGUCUACGUCGCGCGCGCGCGCGCCGACCUCGCGUCCGGGAUGCCCGCCGUGGCGGCCGCGCUGGACCGGCACGUGGCCGGCGUGCCGGAGGAGGAGCUGUGGGCCGCCGUGGAGUGGCUCCACGCGCGGCAGCAGCAGGACGGCGAGCCGUUCCAGAUGUACGGGCCGGAGCUGACGUGCAUGGCGCUGGACCACGUGCCCAUGUACGGCGCGGAGUUCGAGGCCGGGGCGCCGCCGGUGCGCGUGUCGUGCCGCGUGGGCGGAGCCGCCGGCGAGGGGCUGGUGAUCGUCCUUCCCGCGGCCGAGGGCGGCGAGGCGAGGGACGUGGUAGUGACGCUGCCGGCGGAGGCGACGGCCAGGAUCUGCCGCGACGGCGAGGUGCUCCGGCACGGCGCCAAGGUGGUGUUCGGGCCGAAGGUGGAAAAGGUGGCCUAGGCCCGAUACCGCUUACGACGACGGCCCAACAAGAAUUUGCCGUGCUGUAUUUGUUGGUUUCCCUGUGCUUGUUCGAUGGUUGUGUAUUCUGUAUCCUUCAAUUGGUUUUGAUGUACCCUGCCGCCAUGUGUCCAUUGAUGCUACUGUUGCUGCACUGUUGUAAGUUGUUUUAGUAUCCUGGGAGCUUUGUCGUUCUUGGAUCGAAUCCCAUCCAGUUUUAUCCA